AUCAAUUCAUAUUGUCAUUUGAAGUGACAUCAAUCAAAAUUUCUUGUGAAAAAAUUCUUCAAAUUCUUGUGUGUAAUGGCUGAAGAACCACCAGUUGAGAAAGAAAAUAAUGAUCCUGUUGCGCAGAUAGAUGAGAAGAGUAGUCAAGCUCUGAACUCUGAAUUCCUGUACUACAGCUCAGUUCUGAAAAUCAUCGCGCCAACCCUCACGAGCGAUGCAGAUCAAGACCAUGUUAUACCCUGGAUAAAGAAACUAUUCAGACCUGAAUAUCAUACUUCUACACUCAGAGAGAAGAGAAAUAGAUAUCUCCUUUACCUAACAUUAACCAUGUUCAACGAUGAACUGAUUGGUGUUUUCGAAACGGAGCCUCCAGCAGCGGUCCUGAGAGAUUUAGGAUCACUACCAGAAUACAGAGUAGAGGCGGCUACUUGGGAAAGAGAUGACACCUGGAGAGAUGUUCUUGUUUCACUCCCUGAAAAUUUCACGCCACUGGAAUGUUCUGUUCAUUCGAAUAAAGACGAGUGUAAGAAGGAUCACGCUCUCGAUAGGGUGCUGGAUCAGGAAUUUCAGUUUUUCUUGUAUUUAGCGAGACCAUAUGCGGCACUGAUGCUCAAUGCUGAGGAUCGAACUAAAGUAGCUUGCUGGCUGCAGACCCUUUGCACGAUACAAGGAAACUGUUGCUCCAGUAUGAAAGCUGUUAGAAAUGAUUACAUGAUGGCACUUUUGGGAUACAUAUCUGAUCUUCGAGCUGUUGGUCCUUUCUUAGAGAAACCCCCAUGGAAAACCCUUCCACCUCUAGCUCAGUUGGCUAAAGAAAGUUUUGAUAACAGUACAGUGCUCGAUCCUACCAGUACUAUGGCUAACGAGUUCCUUCAGAGUCAACCUGUUCCAGAAGAUGGAGCUUUUUGCUACAUAGCGCUGACUGGCGAUCUUAUUGAGAGUAGUUUUGGAGGACCAGGAGCAUGAUGUACCUAUUGCUUAAUUUUCUGUUU